AUGGUCCGGCGCAUGUUUCCACGCCAAAUUGCGGCUCACCGCCGAGACGGCAUGUCUGAGGAAGAAAGAAGCAGGAAGAGGGAGGGGUUAGAGAUGUGUUCGAAGGGAGAUGGAGCUGGGGCACAUGGAGUCAUGGAACGGAAGGCUUGGACUUACCGACGGGGAAAUGUUCUGCGGGUCGCUGAGCAACGAAUGGGCGAGGACGGCUGGGAGGAGCAGUAGGAGGAAGACGACGAGAGACAUCAUGGUGCUUGCCGGGGAAAUCUUGGAACUGGUAUACGGCUCGUAAGGUGGGGAGUGCAGACUGGGGUUGUUUUAUAUUGUUUACCAGCUCCCUCAGCCGGUAGGAGAGACGGUCGAGUUGACUGGGUGGAUACUGGUACGUAACAGCGCCGGGAGAGGAUGACGAAAUGUGGCAUGAUGUGAACGAGGGCUACUCGUGUUCCGUGAUCUCCAAGUAUAGCCUGGGAAUUCUCUCCGGCCACGAUCACUCCCUCUUUGAGUCUAAGCUAGUGCAGUACUUGUACAGAAUAGUGCUGUAACCUUGCUCUCAUGGGCCGUACCGCGACGAGGGCGUCGCACAGACGUCAAUUAUACAGUAGAUAAAACAGGUGCAGAAGGGCGCAUAGGCGCGCGUA